AUGUUUUGUAUGAAUAUCAAUUGUCAAAAUAGGAUAAAUGGGCAGAAACUUACAUAUUCGACAGUUUUGCUGGUACCACCGAAAGGAAACCAGAAACUCUCUCAAUCCGCGCAGCAUCUUAUAGAUGCGUUGUGUCCGCCAUUGAAGCUGCAUGACAUUCUCUCUCUCGUUAGCAACGGACCUUUCUGUGGCCAUGUCGAUGGAGCGCUUGUCUUUAGGGUAAAUUCGCCUGGUCCAGCUUCGAGUAGCUUUACGUUUAAGAUCUCUGCUAGGAUCACUGAGAACUCUGUGAUCACUGUGUCCUUAGGUAGAGUUCCUAGGCUAGGUUUCUCUCCGAUGGGUCAGAUGCUUCUUUCGGAAGUGCCUAGCGUUGAUUCUCCGUCGUACUAUCGCGGUGAGCGGAAGGAGAGAAGUGGGAUUGUGAUUGAAGAGCAUGUUCUUGAUGACUAUGAAUUACUUUGA